GAUUUUGGCGAGGUGGUCAACUUCAAGCUGUUGGUUAUCGGAGACAGUGGUGUGGGAAAGUCGAGUCUGUUAUUGCGUUACAUAAAUGACAGCUUCGAGGCGCGAGUUUCUGCCACAAUUGGUAAGGUGUUUAUUGUUCGCGUUCUAUUCCCACAUGCAGGUGUUGACUAUCGCGUCAAGGUCACUACGGUCCCCGAUGGUACGAUGAUCAAACUGUCCAUUUGGGACACCGCUGGCCAGGAGCGUUUUCGAACUCUUACUCCCAACUUCUAUCGUGGUGCUCAUGGGGCUAUAAUCGUAUAUGACGUCUCGAAUCGAGGAAGCUUCGAUCGGCUUUCCAAUUGGAUGGAAGAACUAAAGACGUUCUCUAGUCAUCACGACAUGGUCCGCAUGCUUGUUGGCAACAAAAUCGAUCACAUACCGCGACAAGUUACACGCGAAGAAGGGUUGCGCUAUGCUCGCUUGUUCAACAUGCCAUACGCAGAGACCAGUGCAAAAACAAGCGAAGGGGUCAACAGCGUAUUCAGUGAUUUGGUUCAACGCAUAUAUACCAUUCCACAGCUGUGGGACCCAGAUUCCAAACAUCGUCCCGGGAUGCGCCAAGCCUCCAGCCGCCUUCAACUAAAUCAUAACCGUCGUUCAGGGAAUGGUUGUUGUUAGCCUUCAUCCGCCUUCAAUCGCCACCUCUUCUACGUCAGGUCACUAUCCUCCUCAAAUUUGAAUUUCGCAUACUUGACGAUUCCCAAAAGGCUGUGCCAGUUUGUAACAUUUCCGUUACCACUUGUUACCUAGCCUAUUUGUGGCCAGUUUUUCGACUGUUGCUCACAUUCUCCCCGUCUCCCAUUUUCAUUCGAUGGUUUCGCACCCAAACUCUGUGAUCCUUAUCGUUCCUACCGAUUUGAGUCCCACUUUAUUUCAUGGUCUUUUGAGUUAGUUGGUCUGAGGCAGUAUUUUUAUGUGUCCUUUUAUCUUACUGCUACGGCGACGGGCCACUUUUGACGAAUAGGUCAACAAUACGCCUGUUUUUAGGUCCAUUCUUCUAAACUUGGUCCGAUUGGUGUUUGGAACAUACUUUGAAACCUAUAAGUAGCUUUUGUCUGUCUCUGUCGGUCAGUACUUGCGUUGAAG